AUGCCCUCAACUCGAGGUCGACGGGCAGUCGCAGCCCCGGCAGCCGUCCCUACAACUCCCCUCCGAGACCAUCGCAUCGCUUUCUCUGGCAAGUUUCCCGGACACUCGCAUAAAGACCUCAACACCCUCUUCACAUCUCUCGGCGCAUCCGUGACCCCCUCGGUGAACGGCCGCAACACCCACCUCGUCUGUGACGAGAAGGACUUCCUCAGAAAGGCUCCUAAAGUCAGAGACGCCGAAGCCGCUGGUGUUUCGCUCGUCAGGCCAGAGUGGGCUGCUGAGGUGGCCAGGCUGAGGACAAACGUGGACCCCAGCAACUAUCUCUGGCCGAAAGAGCAACAAGAUCAAGCUGGCGACGAAGCUCUAGAGGCUCAUUCCCGUGCAGAUGGAAACAGAAAGAAGCGUUCAAUUGCCGUGGCCAACCCCAAUGGCAGUGACUUGGCCGAGGACACAGAUGACGGGCCCGCCCCCAAAAAGCCUAGAGGCCCGGUCGUCAAGCUCAAGGAUGAAGAAGCAGAAGUACGACAAGAAAAAGAUUCGGCCAAGGCCGAAACCAUUGAGGCAAAACUCAAGGAACUAUCCAGAGGCCAGUUUCUGAAGAAAAAGGACGUCAUCGUUCCCAUUGAUGAGCGUUGUCCCUUGCAGAACUGUGCCGUCUAUAUUGAACCGCGGAGCGGUAUGAUCUACGAUGCUUCUCUGAACCAGUCCAGCACUUCAAAUAACCACAACAAAUUUUACCGCUUACAGGUCCUGAUUCACGGCUCAAUUUACAAAACUUGGACCCGAUGGGGCCGCGUCGGCGAGAUGGGACAGAGUGCUAUUCUCGGCGACGGCUCCCUCGAUGAUGCCAAGAGACACUUUGAGAAAAAGUUUAAAGACAAGUCCGGUCUUGCCUGGAAGGACCGUACCAAAGAACCGAAACCCAACAAGUACGCCUUUGUGGAACGAAGCUACGAUGAUGACUCUGAUAACGGUGAGCAAGACGUAGCCGACGGCGUCAACAAGGAACGUGAUGAGCGGGAUAACAAACCUCCUGAAUGCACACUUCCCCAACCAGUCCAACAAGUCAUGGAGCUCAUCUUCAAUCAAAAUUUCUUUACCGCAACCAUGACCUCUCUCAACUACGACGCCGACAAGCUGCCUCUCGGAACGCUCAGCAAAGCCACCAUUUUGCGUGGCUUCCAGCAACUCCAGGACCUUGCUUCUCUUAUGGACAAUCCGACCCUGGCCAGCUCACAAUGGGACAUGACUGUCGCAGCAGCGACCGAACACCUUUCCAACACAUACUACUCCCUCAUCCCCCACGCGUUUGGUCGCCACCGUCCGCCAAUCAUAGACAAUGAAGCUCUUCUUAGGAAGGAAAUCGAGCUUCUAGAGAGUUUGUCCGACAUGAAGGACGCCUCCAACAUCAUGAAAAUCGACCGCUCAAAGGCCCGGACCGUCCACCCCAUGGACAGCCACUUCCAAAGCCUGGGCAUGGAAGAGAUGACACCCUUGGAUCACUCGUCGUCCGAGUUUGACCAUCUUCGAAGCUACCUUGACGGAUCCAAGGGCUCAACCCACGGGAUCAACUACAAGGUCUUCAACAUUUUCCGCAUCCGACGUGCCGGUGAAUCCGAACGCUUCAACGACUCGGAGUUCACCAAAAUCCCCUCUGACAGGCGCCUUCUCUGGCACGGCUCACGGUGCGCCAAUUUCGGCGGCAUUCUGAGCCAGGGGCUUCGCAUCGCACCGCCAGAAGCUCCCGUAUCGGGGUACAUGUUUGGAAAGGGUAUUUACCUUGCAGACAUGUCGAGCAAAUCUGCCAAUUACUGCUGCUCCUACAUUUCCAAUGCCCACGCACUCUUGCUCCUCUGCGAAGCCGAGCUGGGCGACCCUCUGCAGAAAUUGACGGAUGCGUCGUACACCGCCGGCGAGGAUGCCAAGAAGAGCGGCAUGUACAGUACAUGGGGGAUGGGCAGUACCGGUCCCAACAGUUGGGUGGACGCGGCGACGGUUCACGAUUCCCUCAGGGGUGUUAAAAUGCCCGACACAAAGAUAGCACCUGGUCCAACCAACAUCCAGGGCGCGUACCUCGUCUACAACGAGUACAUCUGCUACGACGUGGCCCAGGUCAAGCUCCGAUACUUGUUCCACGUGGAGAUGUAG